AUGACCUGGGGAAACUGGGAAAGUGGACAAGGACCAGGAAACAGAGGAUUUCUUUUCUCAAGUGGAGCAUUGGAAGAUUGCGCCGUGAUUCGCCGAGAUGAUAACUAUAAAUGGCAUGACUACCCAUGCAACUUUCCAAAAUAUCAUUACAGCAGUAUAUGCGAAUACAAAUUUAUACCAACCACACCUAGAUCAACGACUAGUCUGCCUAAAACCACAUCUUUAUCUGUUAAAACUUUUCCAUUGACUACUGUCAUAAAAUCCAGGUCUUCUACUAUUCUGUCAACAACAACUCCAACAAGGACAACAUCAAUAUCAACUAAUCAGAAGCGAACAACUACACCAACAAAUACACCUGCAACCCAUUCAACAUCAACACCUAAACUCACAACUUUGCCAAGGGCAACAACUGAUUCAACAACCCCGUCAACGACGACACAUGUAUCGAGUACUAUGUCACCAACAACACCUGAACCGACCACACAGUCAAUGACUACACAUGCACGAACCACUCGGAAAUCGACAACACCUGCACCGACUACUCAGUCGAAGAAGAUAACUACACCAACUACACAGAAAUCGACCACAAAAUUAUCAACUAGACACACAUCGACAACAACUUCACCAACUACUCAGUCAACAAAACCACCUGCACUAACCACUAACUUGGUAAAGGCGUCAUCAACGUCAUUACAAGCUACAACCCGUGUUCCAACGACUUUUGUAUCGUCGACAUUAACUCCAAAAGUAAAUUCACCUAAAUUAACAACAACUCAGUCUCCUGUAUCUGCAUCAACAACUCAAGAAACAACACCUUCAACAACAACUAAUCAACCAAUGCGAACGACGAAAGCGAAGACGACUUUGUCACCGACACCUAUUCCAGCAACGAGACCAAAGAAGGCUUCGCGGUCAAAAUCACCGACACCUGUUCCAACAAUGAGACCUACAACUAUUCACGGAAUGAAAAAGAAGACGGCUAGACCAAAUACUCCACUAACUACACAACUAGUCACCAAUCAAGGCGGUCCCUUAAGACGCAGUGCCACCGGACAGAAACCAACACACAAGUCAAAUACAGGUUACAUCAUCGGUGGAGUUUGUGUGGCAGUUGUGGUAGCAGGUAUUAUUGUUGCAGUUUUUGUCAUCAGAAGGAGAAGGAUAUCAUUAAAUGAUGUAAAAGGAAAAGUACAUGGAGCAGAAAAUCCUAUGUAUAGUGUCAUGUAUGACGAUACAUCAAUACCACCAGUAGGUGCUGAUAUUCAGAUAAAUGAUAUUUAUGAACCGACAAAGUAUUUAACGAAUGGAGAAUCCAUGUCUUAAACUGUGUUUAAUAACAUAAAAUAGAUCUGCAUUUAAUACUGAAUAAUUGAAUGAAUGCUUAGUUUUUAAAAUGUGUAUGCUUGUGUUGUUGAAUAUGAUUAUUUUGUAUACUUGUGUAUUGAAGCUUGUGUGUAUGCCAUGUCUUACAUGUAUGUAUGUCUAUAUAUUAUCAUAUCUUAUGUUUUAAGUUUGUCUUUGUCGGUUUAAAAGC